AUGAAAGCGCCGGAAGAAACUACGCGGGGCGGAGUCGGUAACAGCAGCACAAAUGGAGUAGCAUCUUCACAAAAACGGCCACCGCCAAAACUCCGACCUCCUAAGCUUUCAAAGCAGACGCGUCCCUUGGAUAGACAAAGUCAAGGAAGCCAGCAACGACAAACCGGGGGCUCACAGAGAUCGCAAUCAAGUUCUCUGUCGGAACAUCCAGAUGGCAUUGCCGAAGAGCAAAACGAGGACAAUCUGGAUGCUUCGAGCGCAGAUCAAGCUUCCGAAAGCCCGCAGAUACAUCAUCAACGAACUGUCCGACGCGAGUCAGCUCCGUCCGGCGAACCAGACCGAGUUGAAGUCAUCGAACGUGAACAAAGAGCAAACAGUCCAGAAGGAAACAGUCCGCAAGCAAACAGACAAGAGACACGCGUCCGGCGGAUGCUUAACCCCGAAGUUAAGGAUAAAGAGAUGGUUCGCGCGCCAGAUCCCCACCGUGCAGGACAACAGGGAGAGUCUUCUCGAAACGGAUUAGAUUCAACGACUGGCGACGUGGUAGAGACCACCGAAGAAGUGACAGAUAAGAAAAGCAACGAUCAGUUGAGGCUAAGGUUGGAUUUGAACCUUGAUAUUGAGAUCGAGCUGAAGGCAAAAAUCCGUGGAGAUCUGACGCUACAAUUACUGCAAUGA